AUACUACAAUAAUCUAAAAUAACAUGGACAGCCAUAACCAAUAAUCGAUAAUCCGCCAUUCCGAAUUGAGAGCCCGUUGUUUUUCUUAUCAGGCAUUCGUUAUUUUAUUAAUUUUGUGACAAGUUAUGAUUGCCGACUGGAGAUUGGAGGCUGGAGACUUCUUGUAGAAUUAUAGUAGUUUGUAGAACUACUGACGAGAGACUACCGAUUAGAGAGACUAUAAUUGUUCAUGUAUUCAGUGAAUAAGAUUUGAGUGAAUUGAAAAAUCUUCAGUUCUACAAUAAAGAGAUUUGUCAAGAUGAGUAAGCGCAGAGCAGGUAAUGAACUAACUAAAGACAAUUGGGACGAGGAAGAAGAAAAAGUAGACCCGGGAACAUUCCAGGUAGCAGACGAUUCUGUAUUGAAAAACCGAAUUUUGAAAAGAGCUAAAAGAACAUUACAAAGAGAUGAAUCUGGUGAACUAAAACCAAUAUUUUCUGGAUUUUCUGGUUUCAACAGUUUGUCUAAUAAUUUAAAUUCUAAGCAAGCAUUUUCCUUUUUGUCAAAAUCUAAUAACACACCCAGUGAGAGUGGAAAUCAUCCAUCAGCAUCAACAAUUAAUUCAUUGACUACGUCCAGUAGCUUAACAUUUUCUGAAAGCAACAGUUCCAAAAGCUCAACUCCACCAGUUGUUAAUCAUAUUAAGGUGAUGAAACUUAACAAAGCAUUUGUUAAAUUUAUUACAAAUGCUGUGGAAAAAAAUCCAUAUUGUGUGUUAACACCUUCACUAAAAGACUAUGAAAAACAAAUGAGCAAAUUUGUUGAUCUUUCUAAUUUUAAAACAAAUACUCCUGAUUCAUCAAUGACUUCUACUAAAGUUUCUCCUCAAAUAUCAGUAAUGGAAAGUAAAAUAACACGUUCAAAGAAUUCUGAUGAAGUCAAAAAUAAUUCUGUCAAUGUUCAAAAAAGUGAAACUAGUUUUACUAGCCCACUUGGUAAUUGGCCUAGUUUUGGUAAUAAAAGCCAAGAUGCUAAUGUCAAAGAACCAAGUACAAAUAUUUUGAAACUCGAAAAGACAGCUAAAGAACAAAUAAAAGAAAAAAAUGUAGAAACAAAAUCUCAAAUAUUUUCUUCAGAAGAGCCAAAGAAUACAGUAAAAAGCACUAAUGGAUUUAAAUUUGGUGAUUUCAAAGUAAACAAUCGGUCAUUGUCAAUUUCUGCUACUAGCAAGUCUCCUGAAUUUAAAUUUACUAACAAGUCUCCUGAAUUUAAAUUUACUAACAAGUCUCCUGAAUUUAAAUUUAUUGAUAAAAAACAACCUUCUGUAGAUAAACCUACUGUAUGCAAAACAUUAAACACAAAGCCUCCAUUUAAUUUUGGAAGUACUUUACCGUCAUUUUCAUUUAAAUCUUCAGAACAAAAUGAUGUCAAGCCACUCUUUAGUUUUGGAUCAAAAUCACCUACCUUAACAUUUUCUCCAGAAAAAUUGAAGACUGAAAUUUUAAACUCAAAAGAAGAAGAUGAGGAUCAACCACCAACUGUGAAGUUUACACCCGUUAAAGAGAAAAAUGCAAUUUUUGAAUCUAAGAGUAAAUUAUUUUGUUUUAAAGAGGGUAAAUAUGAAGAACUCGGAAUUGGUCAAUUGUAUUUAAUACCAGUAGAUAAAAAACUACAAUUAAUUAUGAGGAACGACAAUGCUUUGGGAACUAUUAUGGCAAAUACGUUACUGAAUGAAUCUGUUAAUUUUACUAAACGUAAUGCAAAAAAUGUUCAGUUAACAUGUAUUCUUGAUCCUACUAAAAGUACCAAACCACAAACAAUUCUAUUCAAAUUUAAGGAUUCAGAAAUCACCGAUUUGUUUGAAAAAGAACUAACCACGUUAAAAAAGUAGUUCUGCCAUUUUAAGUUUUUGGUUUCAAAAUAAUUGAUUUUCUUAUUUAUAUAAUUUUAAUGUUUUUCCCAGAUUAUUAUAGAUAAAUAAAAGCUACCUAAUAUUGUGCGAGAGGUAUUGAUGUAAGAAGGUUUCAUUUAUAUUAAAUAAACAAUAAAUAAUAUACUU